CUGACUAACGUUCGCUUGUCUUUUGCGCGGGAAAUUGGAACGAGCGGCGGGAAUAAAUCGAACGCCAUUAUUUUUCUAUAAUCCUGACAUUAUUGUUUUUAAAUUUCGAAUUUGUUUGAUUGUAAUUUAAAUUGUGUAAAAUAAAAUUGUGGAUCGCUAUUUGUAAUGUGUUGUUUUUAUUGAAGUUUUACUGAAGGAGAUUAUAUAAAUAAUAUUGGAGAUUUUUUACUCUACUCUUGGCCUUAAAUGCAGUGCAUGAAGAUCUAGAUAGGAUAUUGGAUUCAUUAGAACAAGGAAAAUGAAUACAAUUCUUGUCAUUGUUGUACUUACUUUAGCAAAUAGUUACACAUAUGAAGCAUAUGAACAAUUAGAAGCAUACGAUAUUGAAACGACAACAUAUUUAAAUAAGAGAAAUACAAAAGAUGAAAUACAAUCAAAUAAAGCUUCAGAUACAAGCAAUCAAGAUGAAGAUGACCCUUCAUCAUAUUAUAGUGAUUUCCAAGAUACAUUCGUUUUUGAUAGAUUUAAAAGAGCUAUUAAAGAAGAUAAGAAAGAAACAAUCGUUGAGUCAAAAGAUGAUACUGAAGAACAAAACAGUACAGAAGUAUGCGUUGGUGCCGUUGAAUAUUGCAACUUAUCGAGAGCAGAAUACAUUUCAAUGUUGAAUGACUACAUAUAUCCUCGAACAUACGAAUGGUUGUUGAUAGCAACGCACACAGCUGUAUUCAUCAUUGGAUUGGUUGGAAAUUCGUUAGUGUGUGUGGCCGUGUAUAGAAAUCAUUCGAUGAGGACGGUGACUAAUUAUUUCCUUGUGAAUUUGGCUGUAGCCGAUUUCAUGGUGAUUCUAUUUUGUUUGCCAGCUACGGUUUUGUGGGAUGUGACCGAGACGUGGUUCUUGGGAGAUGCACUGUGCAAAAUACUGCUUUAUUUUCAGUCAGUAUCAGUGACAGUGUCAGUGCUGACACUGACGUUCAUCUCAGUGGACCGCUGGUACGCCAUCUGCUUCCCGCUCAAAUUCAAAUCCACCAUCAAUCGGGCGAAGACUGCAAUUCUUGUAAUAUGGACUCUAUCAUUACUAUUCAAUACUCCAGAGCUGGUGGUACUAACCACAGUGAAGGUGGUGCCGCUCCGUUUCAAUCUGGAAUACUUGGUGCAGUGCACAGCCACCUGGUCUACCACCAGCGACUUCGUGUGGCAUAUCAUUAAAGUCGUUUUUAUAUACACAAUUCCUCUGCUUUUGAUGACGGUCGCGUAUCAUCAGAUAGUCAGAGUGCUGUGGAGAUCUCACAAGAUCCCUGGACAAGCGGAAACCAUUAAACUGGCUUCAGCUGAAGAGAGCCAGCUCCGGUCGCGCAGGAAGGCGGCCAAGAUGCUGGUAGCUGUGGUAGUUAUGUUCGCUGUUUGCUACUUUCCUGUGCAUCUAUUGUCGGCACUUAGGUACAUUCUUGACAUGAAGCAGAAUGAAGUUCUGACCUGCCUUGCUCUGCUCUCCCACGUGAUGUGUUACGCUAAUUCAGCCAUAAACCCGCUUAUAUAUAAUUUUAUGAGUGGUAAAUACCGUCGGGAAUUCCGCAGAGCGUUCUGCUGUUCCACUACCGCGACCACGGACACGCAGACCACCCUCACUAGACUCACCUCCAAGAAGAAAGACAUCGACACGCGCUGUCAGCACGUUUGCAGCCAGCGGCAGUAUCGCAACAUGUGCAGCAACUGUAUAGUUAGACACAGCUGUAGGAGUGGAUACGUGACGUAAGAGCUGAUA